AUGGAGGAGAAGCCAGAAACAGAGGCUGCAAGAGCACAGCCCACUCCUUCCUCAUCAGCCACACAGAGCAAGCCCACACCUGUUAAGCCAAACUAUGUCUUGAAGUUCACUCUGGCUGGCCACACGAAAGCUGUGUCCUCUGUGAAGUUCAGCCCCAAUAGGGAAUGGCUAGCAAGUUCCUCUGCUGAUAAACUCAUUAAAAUUUGGGGAGCAUGUGACAGAAAGUUUGAGGAAACCAUAUCUGGUCAUAAGCUGGGAAUAUCUGAUGUAGCCUGGUCAUCAGAUUCUAACCUCCUUGUGUCUGCCUCUGAUGAUAAAACUUUGAAGAUUUGGGACGUGAGUUCUGGAAAGUGUCUGAAGACGCUGAAGGGCCACAGUAACUAUGUCUUCUGCUGCAACUUCAGCCCCCGGUCCAACCUCAUCGUCUCAGGGUCUUUUGAUGAAAGUGUGAGGAUAUGGGACGUGAAGACAGGGAAGUGCCUCAAGACUUCCUGCCAUUCGGACCCAGUCUCAGCCGUUCAUUUUAACCGUGAUGGAUCGUUGAUUGUUUCCAGUAGCUAUGAUGGCCUCUGCCGAAACUGGGACACAGCCCCAGGCCAGUGUCUGAAGACACUCAUUGAUGAUGACAAUCCUCCAGUGUCCUUUGUGAAGUUCUCUCCAAAUGGCAAAUACAUCCUGGCUGCAACUUUGGACAACACACUGAAGCUCUGGGACUACAGCAAGGGGAAGUGCCUGAAGACGUACACUGGCCACAAGAAUGAGAAGUACUGCGUAUUUGCCAACUUCUCUGUGACAGGCGGGAAGUGGAUCGUGUCUGGUUCUGAAGAUAACCUGGUGUAUAUCUGGAAUCUGCAGACCAAGGAGAUUGUACAGAAGUUGCAGGGUCACACAGAUGUUGUGAUUUCCACGGCUUGUCACCCGACGGAGAACAUCAUUGCCUCAGCAGCAUUAGAGAAUGGCAAAACAAUCAAACUGUGGAAGAGUGACUGCUAAGUCCUGGCUCCACGAGAGACUUCAGGAAGCCACCCAGAUUGGCAAGAGACGCAUGUGGGGCAGAGGUGUGGGGCCAGGCUGGAGUGGCAGGCCUGGUGCACCUCCUCUCUGAAGAUGUUGGUUCAGGAGCGUGCUCACUACCGAGUCUUGAUAGCCACUGUGAUAUUUCUUGCCAAUUCUUUUCCUGCCUGGGGUAGUUCCUGGUCUGUUCUGUGCUCAGAGGCAACAAAUUUUUAAUUUUUUAUUACAAGAAUGAGUUCAACUCAUCGGUUGUUUUUCCCUGUAAUUGUUCUGUAUCUUUUUGGUAUUGUAUUGCCCAGUGCACACACUGGAACAGGACCUGCAGCCCUACUCCCAUUCCCUUCUCCAGCCCUGGCCUGCUUGUUCAAGUUCCCUGCCUGUAAUAGUACCCAGAAUGUUUCCAGGACUUUCCAGAAACACAGAAAGGUUGUAAGUUGUACCCGUGUCAAGUCCCUUUGUACUUUUGGAGUCCAUAGGUCAACACUGUCCUCUCAGUGGUUACCCAGUGUCCCCUCGUCUCACUGGUAUCACUAAGUAAGCUGCACAUACUGUAAUGAAAGGUGGGUUUGGACUGCA